AUGCUUUCUGACGAGUUUGACGUGGAAGAAAACAAUUCCCAGAGUGAUAUAUUAAACGAAGGGAGUAAUUCUGAGAAUGUCGAUUUAAGUGAUAAUUCUCUUCAAGUUGUUAUUUCUGACGCUCUCAGUGAAAAGGACAGGGUCAAAUUCACUGUUUUGUCGAAGACAACAUUACCAGAUUUUCAAAGAUCAGAAUUUUCAGUUGUACGUCAGCAUGAAGAAUUUAUCUGGUUACACGAUCAAUUUGAAGAAAAUGAAGACUACGCUGGGUUUAUUAUUCCACCUGCCCCACCACGUCCAGAUUUUGAUUCUUCGAGAGAAAAGUUGCAAAAGUUGGGAGAAGGUGAAGGUACAAUGACCAAAGAAGAAUUUUUGAAAAUGAAAAAAGAAUUAGAAGCUGAGUACUUAGCCACAUUUAAGAAGACUGUUGCCAUGCACGAAAUGUUCCUUUCAAGACUAGCUCAACACCCGGUAUUUCGAUAUGAUACAAAUUUUCGAGUAUUUUUAGAAUACGAUCAAGACCUUGCUGUUCGUACAAAAAAUAAAAAAGAACUUUUUGAGGAAAUAAUGAAAUCUCUCUCGAAGACCACAGACGAAUACCUACUUUCUGCAACUGUAAGAGAUGUCAAUGAUUUUUUUGAGCAAGAAAAAAAUUUCCUAAUAGAUUAUUAUGGCCAUUUAAAAGAUGCCACUAUGAAAUCAGAUAAAAUGGUAAACAAGCAUAAAGAUGUUGCAGACUGUUAUAUCAAGAUUUCAUCAUGUUUAGUCCAGUUAUCUACUUUUGAUCAUAGAGAACUAGAUUGGUUCUUGAACCGAUUUUCCGAAACAUUGGAAAAACUUAGAAAAGUGGAAGGGAGAGUUGCAUCUGAUGAAGACCUUAAACUUUCAGAUACAUUGCGUUACUAUGUAGGUGAUUCAUUUGCUGCAAAACGAUUAUUAUAUAGGCGAUUACGUUGUUUAGCCAACUACGAAACAGCUAAUCGAAAUCUAGAAAAAGCUAGGGCAAAAAAUAAAGACGUUCAUGCAGCGGAGGCAACACAACAGAUAUCAUGUGAAAAAUUUGAAGUCAUGUCUGAUAAAGGAAAAGAAGAAUUGAUUGAUUUUAAAGCAAGACGAGUGUCAACUUUCAAUAAAAACUUAUUAGAACUUGCUGAGUGGGAAAUAAAACAUGCACAGCAUCAAAUAGACAUUCUGAAAACUAGUCUUGAAAUGAUAAACAGCGAAGAAAAGAAGUCAACACUUAACGUCGAGUUGGCACGACGUUAUCACGGGAACAAUUGUUUUAAUUUAUUUAUGUCUAUGAAUUUAAAUAAUUUAUUUGUGAGUUUCAAUUGA